AUGACAGCUUUUUAUAUUGCUCAUGAACGUCUAUUGCUCGCUGACUCCCUAAGAAUUUAUAGCAUCGACAAAAUGAGGUAUCGGCUCCUUGCUUUCAUCAUCGCUUCUGGAAGCGUGGUUCUAGCUAAAGCAAAUGCCGGUCCAUCCCAAAUCGCAUAUGGAAAUCCAACAUCCACUAUAUCAAAAACGAUUUACAACACCGAAAACACUGUUCACCGGCGAGAUCUACAUGAUGUAUCCGAGCAAGCUCGCGAACAAGGUUACUGGGAGUUGAUGGUGGUUAUCAACGGUUACGAUGCCAAAAUCCCUGUCUUUGAAAGCGACGCGAAGAAUUUCUGCGACCAAAUCAAGACUGGCACACCUGUACCGGCACCCAAAAAUGAGACACCAAGCGCUACGUUUUCUAGAGUGAGCACACCGAUAGCAGCUGAAACUCCUGCUCCUACGAGCGAUAAGAAGGGAGAUGGUGGGAUUGAUCCGACCAGUGCAGAGCUACCGAAUAGUACUGCUAGUGAGAACUCAUCAGAACCAGCAGAGAAAAGUAGCAGCAAGGUGGACUCAGAUGCACCAACGGGUACUUCCAGUGGCGGUAAAUCAGCGCCAACAAGCACCGUGACGCGAUCAAAAUCGAGCAGUACGAUAGACUCAGAAAUGCCGACAAAGUCGACUUCCAUAGAUCCAUCAACGCCUAUGAGUACAACGGCGACUACAACGGCGAGCGAUCAGAAAGAAAGCAGUGCAGAAAACUCAGAGACGCCGAGUAAAUCCACUCCUAAAGAUCCUACAGCAUCGGCACCACCAAGUGCAUCAGCUAGUCCUACAGUUGGCGAUCAGAGCAGCAAGCAAGAGAAAAGCAGCGCAGAAGUCACUCAAGAAACUGCUACCACCCAAGAAGUUUCUAGUACAGAACCUUCAUCAACGAGUAAAAGUGCUGGAAACACAACAGAAGAAGCAAUUGCCGUACCUACUACAUCCGGGGGGAAAGACAAGCUAGAGAACAUGGAUACGGUGUCUUUUACUUUUCCCUCCCCCACAAAGGAGGCGAAGGAGUCUCAGCAACCCAGCCCUGAGUCUACGACAUCCGCGGAGAAUAAUGAUGGCGAGAAAGAGCAAAGCGAAGAAGCAGAGGACGACGAGGCCGGCAUCGCAUGGAUACAACGACGAUCCACUUUCGAGACUACAAAAACAAAGUUAUCGCGAGCCCAUCUCUCCCUCCCUAAGCGGCACAACGGUGAAGAGGAGGAACAUGAGGAGAGUAGCACGCAAGAACCUAAACCCACAACGAACAGUGACUUGUCAAAAACCAUAGAUGACCCACAUACGGCGCGGGAAACAACAGUCUUCGGUAUCGCACCUGAACCAACACUGCAGGAAACCAUUGUGGAAACCUCUCAAUCUUCCUUAUCCACAUCUUCAACCCCAUCCCCCUCUUCGAGAUCCUCGUCCUCGUCACCACCAUUUCCAUCCACAUUUCCAUCUUCCCAACCGGACCCUACCUUCAAAAUCACAAAAGCCAACAAACCAACCACCACCACGACGGAAAUGCCAUCAUCUUCCCGCCCAACCCAACCUCCAACAAUAACAUCACCGCCCUGGGAAAACGAGGCCCAUCGCGACAAAGUGAAGGCCAGAAAAUGGGUGCACAUUCUAAUCGGAAUGCUGUUCAUGAUACCAGCCCUGUGGGGGUUCUGCGAGGGCGCGUUUGGAUGGGAGUUCAAGGUUCUUAGUGGAUGGUUAAGAGAGAAGGGGGAGGAAAGGGUUGCGCAGUCGUCAAAGUAA